AUAGCAGAUCUAGCUGUUUUCAGGAAACUUAUGGUUGGAGAAGAAUCACCACGGUUUGAAAAAAGGUUAAAAGAUGCCUCUGACAUUAAAUAAAGAGAUAUCUGAAGAGGAAUUCUAUGGACACUUUUGCAAUAUAAAAGCACCCCACCAGACUUUGCUCUGCUUUAGUCUGAAAGAAGACAAUAAAACACUUUGGAAAUUAUGGGGCCAUGCUUACAAUAACCCAGGCCAAUGCCAUGCUGAAAUCCUAGUUUUAAGGGAAAUUGAAGACUAUCUAGAGGCAAAUAUUCCUAAUGCUACAAAGUACAGCAUUACCUGGUUUCUUUCCUAUAGCCCCUGCCGCUGGUGCUGUGAUGAAAUAACCAAUUUUUUAAUGAAGUCUCAAACCAAAGUUGAAUUUAACAUCAAAGCAGCAAGGCCAUAUUAUCUCGAUAAGGAUGAAAUUCAGGAAGGUUUAAAAAUGCUCAAAAGACUGGGUGUUGUGAUCGAGAUUAUGGAGUCCAAUGACUAUGAAGAAUGUUUGUACUUAUUUGUGGAUCCUUGCACCAAGUUCACUGCGUGGCCAGAUUUAGAAGUGCGAAGUAUAGCAAAUAAAAUGAUACUUCAUCAUUUAUUGGCACAGGAGGACAACAGAUUAGAUAACCAGUUGUUUCCAACUGAUGAUUCUUCUCCAGUUCACACUGGAUUACCAUCUGAUUUUGAAAGCCAUGCCCUGGUCAACAAGCUUCCACCAGAAGAUCCGAACAAGACACCAGAUAAGAAAGAUGAGUUUUCAGACAUAAGAACGCCACAGAAAACAUGUUUUCCCCCAAGAACAAGAGAAAAUGAGAAAGAAGUCAAAAGAAAACUCUUCUGAACAAAUGGAGCUGCAAUUUUUUUUUGUUUUCCCCCAAGCACUACAAAUAUGUCAUUCCAUGUUUUUAAUCAGCUUUAUAUUUUAUUUGUAACUUCACUGAUUUCUCACUUGGUUCGUUAUAUUUAAUGAUUUAGUUUGAAAUCGUGGCGAUCAAGGGGAUCUGAACAUUACAGAAUUCUGUAACCUUCGAUAUAUACUUUGCACAAGCUUUCUCUUUCAACCUAUCAUACUCCAACUCCUGGGCACCCAUCCUGCCUAUUCUUGGAAUUGCUCCUUUCUUCUUCUUGCAUUUCCUAUACGGUACAGAUAAGAUUCCCAAGGCAGUUGGUGCUGGUUACAAUUCCGCUUCCUUGCAUUUGCUUUAGGCUCCGAUUGAAUUACUUGUAACAUGAUUGAAAAGCAUGGCAUUAUUUGAGAGACCUUAUUGGUGAAUUCAGUAAUGAUUGCCUGAGAUUAGAACGCUCUAUAAUGCCUUGUUUAGGAUUGGAUAACUUCGUAAUACUAGAAAUUAAUUGGUUCUGGGCUGUGACUUUGGCUAACUCAUGGUACUAAAAGCUAUAUUAACACUUGCACUUUUGGCCCUCCUCUUGCAUUACCUUACCUUGGACAGCAGCUCCAGGUGCGUGUCAGGGAGAGGAAGGAAUCUUGAAGCAUCAGACUCCAAAUUCAACUGUAGCAUUCCUGAAAGUGAUAACAACACCUUCCUGAUAUUUUGCCACUACACGGAACACUGUUAGCUGCCACCCAAAGUAGACUAUGCAGACACAACCCAGUGUUUGGGAAUUCUGAGGGCUAGACAUAAUUAUGUUGAUGUAAAACAUAUAUGUGCCUUUUGAGUAACUUUACCAAUGAAUAUCUUUGAUCAACCAAAUAAAUGGUGUCUUGACUUUUCUUUUGGCUCAAACCCAAACUUUGAGACAAAGUCCUAUUGGACUGGUAUAACAGAAAUAGUGAGCACCUUGCUAGUUUUGUCAGGCAGAUGGAGAAAUUGUGUUGAGGUUAUCACUUUUAAAAUUUUCAUGGGUGAUAAUUUAUAUUUUUAAUUUAUAACUGUUGGAUUAAAACUCAAAUUUUGAGUUAGUGCUAUAAGUUUCCAGUCAAAAAGUGACCUUUUCUAUUAUUUCUGGAGUAUAAAAUUCUAUAUCAU